CACACACACACACACACACACACACACACACGCUGCAGCUCUACCGGCUAAACCAGCGUCUGCCCGCCACCGUUAGCUUCCAGCAUCCCCGCCGCAUGCGAAAAAAACAGCUGACAGUUAGCAUUUUAGCCUUUAGAUUUCUCCCUUCUUUAUCGCUGAGCUGUACUUCACAAAAAGAGACGAAGAAGAAGUGCAGAAAGCCGGCUGCUACUGGUGUCUGCUGCCUCUUCCUCACCCUACCUCACUCCCUCCCACCAUCCUCUCUCUCUCUCUCUCUCUCUCUCUCUCUCUCUCUCUCUAGCUCACACACAUCACCAUCUCAUCCACACCCACACCCAAGGAUACCCUCCCUGCCUCUCCGCCUCUGUCUCUCUCACACCAGUCCUCUUCCCCCCUCUACCCCUCCAACUACAUUUUUGGUAUUUUCCUCCGGGGUGGAGAUGCUCGCCUGACCCCCGUUCUUUCCAAUCCAACACUUUUGUGGAUGCUCUUGUGUUUCAUUCAGCCCUGUUCUGCUACUUUGUUGCUACCUGUGGAGGUUCCCCGGUUCUCUGGUUCUCCUUCUGCCAGCCGUCGCACAGAGUGCAGCCGCACGGAGAGGCACCAUGCUGGGAUUGGACGUGUGUGAGUUUGGGGGUCAGGUGCUGGAGCUGCUGUGGCUAACUAUGUGCUACAGAGGUCUGAUGGCUGACAAAAAGGAUUUGCCCAUUGAGGAGGAAGAGGAUGAGAGAAACCUCAACUACAAUCCUCCGGCUCUGAAGUCUUUGCAGGAGAUUCAGGAACUGGAUAAAGAUGACGAGAGUCUGGUCAAGUACAAGCAGACCCUGCUGGGGACGGGACCAGCGACAGCAGACCUCUCUGGCCCUAAUGUAUGGGUUACCAGACUGACCCUGUUAUGUGAUGAAGCUCCUGGACCGAUGACCAUGGACCUGACAGGAGACCUGAGCGCUCUGAAGGAGAAGAGCUUCUCCUUACAGGAAGGAGUGAAAUACAGACUAAAGAUACACUUUAAGGUGAAAAGAGAAAUCGUUGCCGGCUUGAGGUACCAUCAUGUGACCUACAGGAAAGGAAUAAGAGUGGACAAGGUGUCGUACAUGGUGGGAAGCUACGGUCCAAGGGCGGAGGAGCAUGAGUUUCUAAGCCCGAGUGACGAGGCACCCAAAGGCAUGAUGUCACGCGGCUGCUAUCAGAUCAAGUCCCACUUCAUCGACGACGACAAGAACAUCUACUUGGCCUGGGAGUGGAACCUUGACAUCAAGAAGGACUGGAAUGAAUAGAGGUAGAGAGAGAGAGAGGGAUGACGCUACUCUCUUCCCUUCUUUCACGCCUAUUCUUCACCUCCCUCUCUUCUUUCCCCUCUUUAACCCACCUCCACGUUGUCUUGUGAGAGCAGCCUUUGCACUGGCCAAAACAAAGAGGCUCUCUUUCCUUUCCUCUUCUACAUUUCAUUCCCUGCCUGUUUAAUGCAGGUCUCUUGAAACCUGAGAGCAACUGGGACUUUUAGAGGAGAGAACCCCCCCCCCCCAUCCCUCCAGCCUUUUAUGUCUGCAUUAUAUCUACAAAUAUAUACCAUCCAUCCUAAGUUAUCCACAUGAUGGAGUUUCCCUUUCCUUUUACUUACUCCCCCCCCUCCCCUCCUUCUUCCUCAUCCUGUCAUGUAUCCAUACCUUCAUACAGCAGCAGUGGAUGGUCUGAAAAGCAGGCAUUUAAAGGAAGUCACUUGAGGUACAAAGGGAAAUACAAUAUGGCAAAGUCCUAGAAUGACUUGUUACAGCUAAAGUGAAACACACGCAUCAGCGAGCUGCAGAAGCUGCUGUUGUAGCUGUUUUCAGUAGUUUGUAAGAUUCCUAUAUUAUUAUUAAUAUUGUAGAGUCAUGAUAAACUGCGACAUUGUUCAGUUUACGGAAACAAGAUGCCCUGAACUGUGUGCAGUACACUUACAAACCUUCAGUAUCUGUCAAACAGACUUUCCCAGAAAGAAGAGAUGAUCUAUAUGAAUGUGGGGGGCAUCAUGAUGCUCAGCAGGAACAUUUAACGAAAAGGUUUACCAGUAAAAGAGAGCUGAGGUGGGGUCGUAGAGGGAGACACACAGGGGAAAGAUAUUAUGUGAGGUGGUGUUCUAAAAACAAUGGGAAGUUGGUUCUCGUAGUUCGGAUCAAGUGGAGCUGCAGCAGAGGCUGCGACACACAGCUCAUGGAGGCAUUUCAGGGACUUUAAAACCCUUAGCACCCGACUGCCGCAAUUUGCAUCGAAAAAUUGCGCUCCUUCUCUGAGUCAUAACUUAGUCAAAUGUAAACACACAGAUGUGAUACACGUAUUUUUAGAUCCAGUGUGACACACACUUCCCAAAGAUGUCCAUCGCAAAUAAAUGUCCAUAGAGCCACUUACAAAUCGUAGGAAAAAAGACUCUCCUGUAGUUGUAGUAGCUGUAGCUCCAAAACUUAGAGCAUGAUUAUCCCCCACAGAAAAAUCCAGCUGUCUCAGUUUGUCUGAGGUGGAGCCCAUAGUGUCAGACUUUGAAAAAACCCGGUUUAGAUUAUAAAAGGAAGAGAAAAUAAGUUUUUGGGAGGCAGGAAUGUAACUUUACAUGUUGGUAAGCUCAUGUAUUUUCUUUAUGUAAUUCUUUAUUUACAGCAUAUCUGUUUAUUCCAUGCUAUAGGGUACUGAUUGAUUAGUUUAUUGAGUGAUUAUCUCUUCCUUUCAUAUCAUGAUAUUAAUAUUUUUUGUAAUCAUUUUUGUUUUUUCCCCAUGACCUUUUUAUUUCAGUCAAAGACACAAAUCAAACAUGUUGUUUUUUACAUCAGUAUACAUAAUCAACUACAGUUUUGUUAAAAUUCAGAUUCUACUCUUCUCCCAAUGUGCACUACAUGCAUAAGAUCUUGGACUUUAUCAAACUUUUUUUAUUUUUUGAAGCUGUGUUUGCUUUCAAAGCACCAGUUUUCUCAAGUCUUUGUGGAGCUUUUUGAAAGAGCAGACCAAUUAAAGACUGUAACUGAACUGUGUAUAUUGUAGAAAGAGAUGCAUGUAUGUCCUUUAGGGUUUGAUACUAUUCACUCAGUAAAAAUAAACAAAAUUAGCCCUUUCUAAACCUUUCUCUCGUAUACCAGGGACACAAGAUGUGAAUAAAAAUCAGUUUUGAACAUUUUAAUGAAACAUUUUAAGAUGGUAGCUGGAAGACAAUGGAGUACUGUCAGAGAAGUAUAACAGGGGAUGAAUUAAUUCCCCUUAAAAAAUAAAAAUAUCAUUAUUGUGUUAAGUCUUUGGAUAUGAUAUUGUCAUUGUUGCUGAGCAUAUUGAACAUUGAAAUACCAUUUGAAAUCGUUGUGAUCUAAGACUAACUGUAAAUGUUGGCUUGUUGGGUGUUGCAUGGUUUAACAAGAUUCUCUCUUCCUUUUUUACAACUUUAUUGUAAAAUUUAAUGUGAUUAAAAAAAGAAAAGAUACUGACGCAAUAUCCAGAUGUCAAUGGUUGCCAGAUACUGCAGAUACAGUAUUUACAGGGAUAUUUUUAAAGGCACAGAUAGCUGGAAAAUUCUGUCUGUGUCUAAUGCCUCGAGCCUGUAACAAUCAAGUGCUGCAUCUUCAAAUAUUGGUGUCAAGUCUAGUAUCCUGUAUCUUUUAAUAAAGGCAGUUCAAACAACCAG